GCUGUCAGUCCCCUCACCGCGUCUGGCGGAUCUCUCGGGCUCUCAGUGCGGAGCCAUCAGAAAACCCCCACAAACCCUGAUCUGUUCUGAAACUUGAUCUUAGGCUGCUUUUGUUAUUGUGGUCCUGUAGGUGAUCCGGGGCAGAUGAAGCCUGUGUUUGAGCGGCACGCGUUUGGGCUGAACCCCUGACUGCGGACAGCAGCCGAGCGAUCUCUAAUGAUGCAGAGUGAAGACCGCAAGAGAAAGAAACACAGUUUGAACCCCAGAAGCGUGUCAGACGAGUGCAGUCUGCGUGAGCGACCGAAAGACGAAGCCACAAAGAUGAAGAAUAAAGUUUCUACUUCACAAGCGGUGAGCGGUAAGAAGAAGCCGUGGUCCUGGGAUCAGUAUCUGGAGGACGAGCGAUCUCAAGCCGCUCCUCUGCAGCUCUUCACUGAGUUCCAGGCGUUUCCCGACAGCAGGAAUGGCUUUAAGGUGGGGAUGCGGCUGGAAGGCAUCGACCCGCUGCAUCCGUCCAUGUUCUGUGUGCUGUCUGUGGCCGAGGUGAUUGGCUUCCGUCUGCGGCUGCAUAUCGAUGGUUACUCCGAGUGCUAUGACUUCUGGGUAAACGCAGACGCUCCUGACAUCAAACCAGCAGGAUGGUGCGAGUCGACGGGACACAAACUCCAUCCGCCCAAAGGUUACAAACAGAACGAGUUUAACUGGGAGAAAUAUCUGGAGGCCUGUAACGCUCAAGCAGCACCAGAGACCCUCUUCAGAGCCAGCGAGUCGAGCGGCUCGGUGUUUGAGGUGGGCAUGAAGCUGGAGGCGGUGGAUCGUAAGAACCCGUGUCUGGUGUGUGUGGCCUCCGUAGCCGACAUCGUGGACCAGCGCUUCCUGGUGCACUUCGACAACUGGGACGACACCUACGACUACUGGUGUGACGCCAGCAGCCCCUACAUUCACCCGGUGGGCUGGUGUCAGGAUCACGGCCGGCCGCUCACAGCUCCUCAGGGACACCCGAACCCAGAGCACUUCGUCUGGGAGGAAUAUAUGGAGGACGCAGGUGCGUCUGUGGCUCCCAGUCAAGCCUUCAGUGUGAGAUCGCCACACGGCUUCCAGACGCGCAUGAAGCUGGAGGCGGUGGACAGACGGAACCCCAUGCUGAUCCGCGUGGCCACCGUCGCCGACACCGAAGACCACAGAGUCAAAGUGCAUUUUGACGGCUGGCAUGAGAAGUUUGAUUUCUGGGUGGAUUCAGACCUGCCGGAUCUUCAUCCCAUGGGCUGGUGCUCCAGGACGGGUCACCCGCUCGAACCUCCGCUCCCUCACGUAGGGCUGUCAGACAUGAAGAGCUCCGUGACGCAGGGUGUGUGUCCAACCCCGGGCUGCAGGGGCAUCGGCCACAUCAAAGGAGCAAAAUACACCGGACACCACAGUGCCUUCGGUUGCCCGUAUUCUGACAUGAACAUGAAGAAAGAGGUGGUGCUUCCCGACCGGCUCGGAGGAGAGAAGCAGAUCACCUUCAUCCCUGUGACCAAACGCUUGUGUCCAGACGAGGAGGAGGAGGAGGAGGAAGAUGGGAGCGAGGAGAUCAGCCAUGUGGACAACAGGGAGAUGAUGGCGGCGUGUGACGGAGCUCCUCGUCUGCGCGGUCGGCCUGCGAUGAUGAAGAAAGAGCUCAAAGACGAGCCGCUGACGGCGUCGCUCCUCGGGAAGAGAGCUCAUUUACCCAGCAGGUGAUCCUCGCAUAAAGCUGAAUAAAUAAUC